CGCAUUUCAUCAGGUUUGUUGGUGUGUUGCUAAGUGACAAAGAGAUAGCAGCUGCAUUAUAGUAACUGUAGCAACCUGGUAACUCUAGCAUUCCUCUGCUAUUAAACGUCGAGCUAUACCACCUAUACCUGAUACUGCAACCUCCUUCCCACCGGCUGGCACAUAUCCUCUAAUGGCACGGUAGGUAACAUAGGCACUGGACAAAGGGAUGAGGCAAAGCUGACAAUGAAAAGAAAGACUCAAGAAAAUCCUGCUCUUUACUCUUUCCAAGCAAUAAAUUCAUCCACUGAACAACUCUAUAUGAACUAAAAUCAGGCUGCAAGUGACUCAAUGUUUAAUAGCAAAGAAACACUCAGGGCCACUAAAGCAACUGAUGACAAGAGUGAUUCCACAUUAGCAAGAAACAAGAAAAAAAUUAGACCCGAAACAGCCAUAUUGUCAAAAAGAGUAGCCUCUGAUCAAAUGUCACAGAAUAAGUUUAACAGACCUGUAAUUCCAGCAAGAAGACCGGGAUUUAAAGUGUGCUAUAUUUGUGGGAGGGAAUUUGGGUCAAAAUCAAUUGCUAUACAUGAACCAAAAUGCCUAGAGAAGUGGCAAAUAGAAAAUGACAGUCUACCAAAGCAUCUCAGAAGAGCAGCCCCAGUGAAACCUCAGGUUACUGACAAUGGUUCAGCCAUCACUGAAAAUGAGGCAGCAUGGAAAAGUUCCCAAGCUCAGCUUUUACCAUGUGCGAACUGCGGACGCACAUUUCUUCCCGACCGACUUAUUGUGCACCAAAGAAGUUGCAAAACAGAUGGAAAAACCCUAGGUACCUUAAAAACCACAGAUGACAAAAAAUCCAGCACAACUAUAAAAACAGAAAGUGAGUUUUCUAAUACCAAGGAUUUAGCUAGCCCAACAAAGCCCAAAACCUUAAUUUGCUACAUAUGUGGAAGAGAGUUUGGAACUAAAUCUCUUCCUAUCCAUGAGCCAAAAUGUCUUGAAAAAUGGAAAAUAGAAAACGAUAGGUUACCGAAAGCACAGCGCAGACCUGUUCCUCAGAAACCUCAGCUUGACCUAUCUAAAGCAACCAACCGGGAAGAACAAAAUGAGGCAGCCUGGCAAAGCUUUAAGGAUCAGUUGCUGAAAUGUUCAAAUUGCGGUCGAUCUUUUGCAAGUGAUCGACUUCCAGUCCAUCAGAAGGGCUGCAAAGUAAUCCCAGACCGAAAGGAUACAACCAAGAGGGAUAGUGCACAACAGCAAAAUAAUGGAACCAUCGAACAAAAUGCCAAGCCACAAGUUUUAAAGCAACCACCAACAAUCGUGUGCUACAUAUGUGGACGGGAAUUUGGCACUAAAUCAAUCAGUAUCCAUGAACCACAGUGCUUACAAAAAUGGCAUCUGGAGAAUGAAAAGCUACCGAAAAACAUGAGAAGGCCUGAACCUAAAAAGCCUGAAGUUAGACCAAUUGGAGAACGGCAUCCAGCCCUUCUCUCUUUGCAAGGAAUUCCAUUCCCAAGUCUCCCAAGAGAAAAGACCACAAGGCAAGAACUGAUAGGGACUUCAUUCUUUAUUACAUCACCCUCUAGUGGUAGACUGGCAGUCACGGAGAAGAAAAUUGGAUUAACAAAAAUAACAUUUGGCCUAAUGAAAGAAAAUGUCAUUCCAAGCAUCUUUCCAAUAUUCACUCAUUAUAAAUUAAAGUUAUAAUACAUAAUUCAAGUUAUUAGUAAAAUGUAACUGCAACUGAAAUCAGUAUCUGCACCUAGUGAUUCUCUUCUCUGCUGUCUCUGACUUUUGAGACAAUGAAACUGAAGCUGCAAGAGCAAGUAAAAUGCAAAAUGCACAUUACAAGGAUGUUAAAAAUUCAGUCCAAGGCCUAACUUAAAAUAACAUGUCCACCUAAAAACAGUUUCUGUAGUAUGAAGGAAAUGUCAUGUUAAACAACUUUCAAGUAUACAUAAUUUAAAUGUGUUUAUUGGUUUUAAAGUUAUUUGUAAAUUUGUAAAUAUCUGGCUCUGACGCUUGAAGCAAAGUAACAGGAGCCAGGGCCAGCAGUGCAGGGACUAGUUACUGUGUUUUAAUGCAAUUACAUUUACUAAUAAUUUAAAAGAACUUGACAUUUUUUAUGAGAGUAUUUGGAAAGUUGUGUAGAAUAGAUUGUGGUCUUUACUACAAGAAUAAAGUGUCCUAAUAACAAAGAACAUUAUAAGGCAGGUACUGUAUGUUGAAAAUGGAUUACAUGAGGGGGCACAUUUACUAUGGGUCGAAUAUCAAGG